ACUGUGACUGUAAUUAGUCAUCGGUGCAGUUUGUUUAUUUUUUACAAUAAGUUUUAUUGGCAUAUUUGGAUUAUUAAAUACGUUGUACAAAAUUUAAUAUGAUAUUUGCUUGCUGUGAACUUUUUGCACUUGGUUUAAACAGGAGUAAAGAAUAGCCUACUUUCCUAAUUGUGAUAUUUGGAAGUUUUCCUGCAGUUUUACGUAAUAAGUUUUUGCAUACUUAACCAAAUUUAAUGGCUGAUCAUCCAGCUCGCAAACUCAGUACAACUGGGGAAAGUUUGUAUCAGAUUCUUGAUCUUCCAAAAACAAGUACUCAGGAGGAAAUAAAGAAAAAAUAUCGUCAGCUAGCCCUAAAGUACCAUCCAGACAAAAAUCGGGAUGAUCCUGAAGCUUCUGAUAAGUUUAAAGAAAUCAACAAAGCCCAUAGUAUUCUUAGUGAUGAAACCAAAAGAAAUAUCUAUGACAGUUAUGGUUCAUUAGGUCUUUAUGUUGCUGAACAUUUUGGCGAGUCCAGUGUAAAUACCUACUUCAUCCUAUCUAGUAAAUGGUGUAAAGCUUUGUGCAUAUUCUGUGCUGUAAUUACUGGGUGCUAUUUUUGUUGUUGCUGCUUUUGCUGUUGCUGUAACUUCUGCUGCGGUAAAUGCAAACCUCCUAUGCCUGAAGAAGAGGAGGAAGAAGCUGCUGAAGUGCCCCUAACUCUAGUAAAGUUAUAACUGCCCAACCAACAAGUUCAUCUGAAAAAUCAACGGCCAUUCCUUUGCCACCACCUGAUUCUUCUCUAUCUGAAAAAACUAGUCUAAAUGCUACACCACAAACAACUUAUGAUACUGGUACUGGCAAAGAAGAAACUGAUAAUUAAAUAUCAAUUUUCUAGUAAUUGAAGUUGUGUGGAGCAGGGUUCCACUUGGAAUCAAAAUUACGUGUAUUGUAAGCUAAGUUUAGUACCAAUUUUCAUUUUUUUCUUCUUAUUCCUAAUGCAUUCCUGUUGAUUACCUGUUACAAUAUUGUUGCCAGUUUAUCAAUUAAAAUUUAUGUUUGAUAAGCUUAAGUCUAUCAAUAGAUAAAAAAUCAGGUUUUUAUUCAAUAACAAGUUUUAAUUUGUGAGCUUUAAAAUUUUAUAUAUUGUUCACCAAUCAACUUUAACAUAGGGAUUGGUUGAAAUUUUAAAAUCUUUUGGUGUUAAGCCUUGUUUUUAAAUGCUCAGACGUACUUCGUUUCCAAGUUACGACUGAGUUCCUUUUUUUUUAAUUUUAUCAUAAAUUAAUAAUUCUAAAAUUCUACUUUAGUUUUAAUUUUCAGAAUUUUAAGAACUUGAAUGAUAUAAUUUACUGAAUCUGAGAACUUAAUAUAAAUUUGUCUUUCUUGGACAAUGAAAUCAAAUCUCAGAUGAGGAAGAUUUGUUGUUUCACAAAUUUGAAUUCAUCUUUUUGAAUAAUUUAUUUUAAAUUAUUUUAAUCCAAUUACUAUCUGAUUAAUUCAAAAAUGUCAGAAUUUUAAGUAAUGCUGAACUGUGGGUUCUUCUCUAACUAUUUUUUUAGGAAGGAAUUUUUUGUUUUUAAAAUUUUUAAAAACAUUUUCUUAUCUAAACAUAAAAUGUUUUGUUCAUUUUCUCCUUCAUAUAAUGUUAUAACUAUCUAGUGAAUGUGACGUUAAUUGUAUUUUUUGCAUUCCUGUUGUUUUUAAAUUUUCAAAUCAUAUUUUAAAAUUUUCGACUAAAUUUUUUAUAAUUUUCGACUAUAUAUUUUAAAAGUAAGUUUUUUUAAAUAAUGAUUUUAUCCCUAAAUUUAUAAUUUUAUCGGAUGUGAUUUAACUUUUACUUAUUAUCCAUGUAUGUUACAACUGUACUUUCUUGUCAGUUUGCUCAAGUAAAUUUUUUUUAUUUAAAAAUAUUACGAAAAGGCAUUUAUAACAACCAUCAUAUUAUAAACACUUCAAUUUAUUAAAGAAAUGUAUUUUCCUCUUUUUAUUAUCAAUUGUCAAUAUAUUUGAUUGGCACUUUGAUUUAUAUACUUUUUAUCUUAAAAUGUUAGUAUUAUUUUUAUGUUCUAUUUUGUGAAGUUUAAAAAAAAAAUGUGUUAAAUGUAUAUUGAUGUAAAUAGAACAAUAAAUUGUGUGUGUAAUGAAUUUUUCUUCUAAAACUUUCUGAUUGUAUUCACAGUUCCAUUGUAUAUUUUUUAAAUAAUUUUUCAGUCCAAUUUAUUCGUUGUUUUAGCUACUGUUAAUGCAAAGAGCUGCAAAUUAUUGUUAAAUUUAAAGGUGCUAUUGAAAAUAUUGCAUUUUUAUGUCGUAAAAAUAUUAAUACUGAACAAGGCCAUAGACAUUGUAGUUUUACAGUUUCUUUCUUAAAUUUUAAAUAUCAAAGGAUUUGCAAGUAUUUUAAGUUAUGCUACAUUUUCUUGAAUAUUCUGUUAAGCACUAUUUUCUCUUUGAAUAAUAUGCAGGGAGGGGGGGGGGUAAUUUUUUUUUUCAAAUAACAAUGUAAAAUUUGAGAAUUGCUGAAACUAUGACUUAGAUAAUUGAUAAAUGUAGUAUUGGUUUGUUUUCUAGCCGUUUCUUGGAUUGAAGGUUAGCAGAGUUCCUUAUUUUGAUACAAAAAAUGUAUGUCGUUUUUAAUCGGGGAUGGCAAAAUUUUUCCACAGUGGAAAAAACUAUUGAAAAACCCUCUCAGAAGAAGUAUUUUUCUUUCAAGUCAAAUAUAAUAAAUUUUUUCUAAAUUAGAAAUAUGAAGAAUUAAAAAUUUUUUUUAAUUAGCUUAGCAUUUGAGUUUAAAUAACGGUUAUAAUUUUCAAGUUAUAAUUAAAAUAUCAUUUUUAAAUGAGUGAAAACUUAAAACUGCAAUUGGAAAGGAAAAUAAGUUGGUGGAAUUUCUCAAGACAUUAAAAUAACUGUAGUUCUUCAGUAAUUUACAAAAAUGAGUAUAGUAUAACCUAAUUUUAUUAACAAACUUUUGAAGUACAAUCAAAUAUUAACUCCAACCAUCUCUUAAAUAAUAUAAUAUAGGAUUUUAAAAUUAUGUAUAAAACAAAAAUAAAUAUGAAAAUAGUAAAUUUUUUAUACGAAGGAAGUUAAACUUUUAAGUACUAAUAAAAUUUAAUUUCUUAACCCUUUGACACAGAAUUUUAAUUAAAUAUUUUUUUGUAAUAAUUUAGGUCAAAAUAAGUGAAAAAAAUGUUAUUUAGAAUUUUAGUGAUGUACGGUAAUGAAAUACUGCUCUUUUUCGGCAUUAGUGGUAAAAUCUUACUAACAACUAUCUUUCAAAUUUGCAGUUAUUUAGGGAAAGAGAACCAGUUAUUCAUCAUUGAAAUUUCUCUUAUUUAUAAAAUCAGUUAUUAAUAAAUUAAGUAGUUUAAAACAUAAAAAAAAUGUUUCAAUUUUGGAUUUUAUAUUAGUUCUAUAUUAUUAUUAGUUCCUUUUUUUUGCUUCUUUCUUUUUUGUCCAGUUUCUUUCAUUGUCCUUUAAGAAAUAUUUCUUCCAGACAAAAUGCCGACCUUGUUUAGAAUAAAAAUAAUAAACUAUAAAAAAAUAUUUAAUACAUGUAAAAUGACAAAUGCUUAUUUUAAAUACACGAUUUAUGCAUAAAAUAAUUGUUUUGUAUUUUUGUUUAGUUGUGCUAUAUGGGAUGCUCUUACUAUAAUUACAUAUGUAUUAAAUUUAAAAAAAAGUUUUUUUUGAUCUGAUUUUUAGUUUUUGCAACUGCUCAACUACAUUUACAUCUGUGGUUUUAGUCUAAUGUAAAUCUAGAUUAAUAUCUGAACACAUUUCUAAAUAAAAUUUAGAAUCUUGUUUUUUACAAAUAAAAUGUAGUUUUAACUAGUUACAUUUACGGUCAGUAGCGGAGCUGUUUACAAAAAUUCUUUCUACCAUGUAUUGAUAUUUUUGUAUAUGGAAGGGUAUUUUCGACCCUUUAUUUUUAAAUGUUCAAUUGUUAUAUUUAAUUUUAUAGUGAUAUAUUAAUAUCAUAAUCUUAGUCUUACAUGUUUUUGGCUUUAUUAGAAAGCUUAUUUUUUUCUUUAUUUGCCAAAGAGAAAAAGAAAACUGGAUUUGUGAAAGUAUAGUAAUCGAUGUAUAUGGGUGUCAAUUAUUAAACUAGUCUGAUGUGCAUAUCUUAAUAAAAAAGAUUUCAUCAGUUGUAUAAUUAAAUAAGUACUGUUUGAAAA